GAGAGUAAGGAGCCAGCCAUGAAUACUUUCCAGAAAAAUGAGUCCAAGGAAACUCUUUUUUCACCUGUCUCCAUUGAAGAGGCACCGCCUAGACCUUCCAGCCCUCCAAAGAAACCAACUCCGAAAAUCUGUGGCUCCAGCUAUCCACUGAGCAUUGCCUUCAUUGUGGUGAAUGAAUUCUGCGAGCGCUUUUCCUAUUAUGGCAUGAAAGCUGUGCUGACCCUGUAUUUCCUGUAUUUCCUACAUUGGAAUGAAGACACCUCCACGUCUGUGUACCAUGCCUUCAGCAGCCUCUGUUAUUUCACUCCCAUCCUCGGAGCAGCCAUUGCUGACUCAUGGUUGGGAAAAUUCAAGACAAUCAUCUAUCUCUCCCUGGUAUAUGUGCUUGGCCAUGUGUUCAAGUCUUUGGGUGCCAUACCAAUAUUGGGGGGCAAAACACUGCACACAAUCCUAUCAUUGGUCGGCUUGAGUCUAAUAGCUUUGGGGACAGGAGGUAUCAAACCUUGCGUGGCAGCUUUUGGUGGAGACCAGUUUGAAGAAAAACAUGCAGAGGAACGGACCAGAUACUUCUCAGUCUUCUACCUCUCCAUCAAUGCGGGGAGCUUGAUUUCUACAUUUAUCACACCCAUGCUGAGAGGAAGAUGUGCAUGUUUUGGAGAAGAUUGCUAUGCAUUGGCUUUUGGUGUUCCAGGAUUGCUCAUGGUAGUAGCACUUGCUGUGGUUUGAAUGGAAGCAAAAUGUUACAGAACCACCCCCGAAGGAAACAUAGUGGCUCAAGUUAUCAAAAUGUAUCUGGUUGCUGUUUCCAAACCGCUUCUCAAAAACCGUUCUGAGGACAUUCCACGACAGCAACUUGGUUAGACUGCGGCAGCUGAGAAAUACCCAAAGCAGCUCAUUUUGGAUGUGAAGGCUGACUGGAUACUGUUCCUUUAUAUCCCAUUGCCCAUGGCUGGGCUCUUUGGAUCAGCAGGUAGAAAUUAUUCUUUUGAAGCUGGACCUUCCUCCAGUCACUUUCCUCUCAUAGGAAAAAGGGCAUUUCUCAUAAUAGCAUAUGUCAACCUGAGGGGCGCGUCAAAAGAUGGACGCUUGCAAGCCACUAGGAUGAAUGGGAACUUGGUUUUGUAUUGUAGUUCUGAGAACACAGGUUGGAGUAAUACCAGGGUCAUAUUAACCAGUCUUACUUUGAGCCUGCCAAAUACAAUUUACCGCUCUCUUCCUGUUGGUGCUCAGGACAUUACCAUCACGGUCCUCUUUGACCCUUUAGAGAGCAACUUUUGGAAAACUAUGUGUUUUUUUGUGCUUCAACCGGACCAGAUGCAGCUGCUAAAUCCCUUUGCUGGUUCUUAUACUUCAUCCCUUUGUGUGACCUGUCAUUUAUCGUUGAUCGCUAAGUGUGGAAUUAACUUCUCAAAACAACACAAUAUUCCAAAUGCACUGAAAACCAAAAAGCCAGGACUUGAACAUCUACCUAAGUAUUCACAUUUGUCUGUCCACAACUGACAUUCUGUUAGUGCGAGAAUUAACUGGGUAAGUUUGAUAUUCAUGAAGAAAGAAAGUAUUUCCAGCAUGAUUGGUAAGGAUUGUAGCAAACAAAAACCAGCCAAUGGAUCCACUACCCUCAGGUUUAUUAACACUUUGCAUAAAGAUGUCAACAUCUCCCUGGGUACAGAUGCUCCCCUCAAUGUUGGUGAAGACUAUGGUGUGUCUGCUUACAGAACUGUGCCAAGAGGAGAAUAUCCUGCAGUGCACUGUAAAACAGAAGAUAAGGACUUUUCUCUGAAUUUGGGUCUACUGGAAUUUGGUGCAUCAUAUGUAUUUGUUAUUUCUAAUAUCACCAGUCAGGGUCCUCAGGUCUGGAAGACAGAAGACAUUCCAGCCAAUGAACUGUCCAUUGCAUGGCAACUACCCCAAUAUGCCUUGGUUACAGCUGCAGAGGUCAUGUUUUCUGUCACAGGACUUGAGUUUUCUUAUUCUCAGGCUCCAUCUAGCAUGAAAUCUGUACUCCAGGCAGCCUGGUUGUUGACAGUUGCAGUUGGGAAUAUCAUAGUGCUUGUUGUGGCACAGUUCAGUGGCCUGGUACAGUGGGCUGAAUUUAUUUUGUUUUCCUGCCUCCUGUUGAUGGUCUGCUUAAUCUUCUCCAUCAUGGGAUACUACUAUGUGCCUGUAAACUCAGAGGAUAUUCAUGAGCCAGCAGAUAAGCAGAUUACCCAGAUCCAAGGAAACAUGAUCAAUCUAGAGACCAAGAGUACAAAGCUCUGA